AUGUCUCUCCUCCAACCGCUCGCCUCAUCAUCGCGUUCAACCCUCCCUUCAACCCUCAAGCCCCUCCAAACCCUCACCCAAACGCGCUCCUGGUCCUCCUCCCCCUACGGCCGCACGCACGUCUGGCGCCGCCGCCAAACCCCCCUCCCCAACCCCAUCGUCCCCCAAUUCCCCCAACGCGUCAUCCGCUCCGACGGCUCCUCCUUCACGCACUGGACGACAUCCCCCCGGUCCCUUUUACGCCUCACGCGCGAUCUCACUAACAACCCGUUCUGGAAUGUGAGCCUGAUGACGAAGGAGGGCGCGGAGGAGGAAAGCGCGGUUACGGGACGAUUGGGCAGGUUUCAGAGGAGGUUUGGGGAGGGGGGG